AUGCCAGCCAGCGACGACAACACGAACGGCCCAACCGAUUCUGCCAUCUCUUCUGACCAUCCUUUCGACCUGUCGAAUGCGUCCUUUCGAGGUUCUGAUGUUCCAUUUGGUAACGAUGUCUACGGAGCCGACACCGACGCCGACGAUACUGACAAGCGGUCCGAGAAAGACAAGGAAGAAGAACUUGACGAAGUUGGACUGGAUCUGGAGGAUGAGCUCAAUGCCUGGGAUAAGAACAGUUUCGAUAUGGAAGGAGAAGAGGAUGCCAGUCUCAGUACCAACGCCGGAAGAGAAGAAGCUAUUCGUGAAGGCUUGUAUGGUUUGAUUGAGGAUAAAAUCCGAAAUGGAAUUUUCCAGCACAUUUUGGCUGCCCUUGCUGCUAUCUGGGACUUCUUGGUCAAGAAGUGCAGAGGCGGCACAAGCGAGGAUGACGCGGCUGGUAUGGCCAUGGAUGUAGUGGAUGCUGUCAACCCAAUCAACCCAAACAACCUAGCCACGUCUCAGUUUGGUCAAAGUGGAGCCGGUGGCGGAGGAGGAACCGGAGGCGCUGGUGGUGGAGCAGGUGGAGGAGCCAGUAGUGCCGGUGCAUCGAGUGCCAGUGCAAGUGCUGGCGGUGCGUCCGGCGCUGGAGCAGCCCAGGCCACUGCUGUGGUUGGGCAAAUGGCUACCCAAGCCGCUGUCAGUGCAGCUGGAGCAUCCACUGCUGCAGCUUCAACCGCAGCUGCUGCCAGUGCCACCAUUGCAACCACAGUUGCAACUGCUGUAGCCUCUGCUAGCGUGGCAUCUCAAGUUGGGGUGACUAUUGGUGUUGCCGCUGUAACAGUAGCAGCAGUGAGUACUGGUAUGGGUGUCGCUCCUACAAGCAACACCACCACUGCUGUCGUGAAGUUGGAUGCAUUUGUGCCCCCAACCUGUUCGCUGUCCGCUGAACUCAAGCAAGGUAUUGUGGAAUUGAAGAUCCAAGGCAUGCCGGAGGAUGCCCUGCCAGAGCAUAAGGAUAGCUUAGAAGGAAUCUUUCGAGAUCUCUACAACAAUAUUACCGGCAUGUGCUUGGACCCAUUUUCACGGGUAUUGCAUAGUGCCGAACUCCAAGUGUUGUUUGAGGCAGAUUCAACAGAUGGACCAGAGCAGGCAGCAAGGAGAGGAAUGAUGCAGGUCGUCUUUGCCACUACUAAGGCUGCCUCACCCGGAGGGGAAGGGGGAGAUCAGCAAGAUGCGGUUGUUCUCUCCAUUGGUCAAGACGUGAUACAGCCUUAUGUUGAGACAGUUGAAGAGAAUGAAGGGACUAUUAUGACUCCAUUCAUAUCCGACGAGUUGUCAUCACUCUCACAAUGUGUCUCUGCGGAUGAGGAUGAAGAGCUUUCCACGGACAAUGAUGACUUGUGCCAGCAGCUACAACAGCUUAUUGCUGCAGAGGACAACGGAGAUGGAGCAGCCAUUGACCCUGAUGUCUUGGUCGCAUGUCUUCAGACCCCAACUGUCCCAGCCUGCCAAGAAGUAUUGGCCACCGCCAUUGACUCCAUUAGUAGCAAUGAACAACCCUCUACUGAGAGUGUUGCUGCAGGUACUGAAGAAAAUGGUACUGAAGAAGGUGGUAGUCAAGACGGUCCACCCUCUACUGAGAGUGUUUCUGGCAACACAGAGGGUGGUGAUUCAUCCUUUGAUACUGAUUCUGGUACUGCACAGGGAUCAGAUGGAGAGGAUGUCACUGACACUGCAGGUAGAGAUGAAGACACAUCUGGAAGCAAUCCCGUGGGUAUCGGUGUUAGUGGCAAUAAUGCUGCAGGUACUGAAGAAGACAGUAGUCAAGUGGGUGGUAGUGUUGAACCACCCUCCAGUGAAAGUGUUUCUGGCAACACAGAGGGUGGUGAUUCUUCUUUUGAAACUAAUUCUGGGACUGGACAGGGCGUAGAAGAUUUCUCUGGAGCAGCAGGUGGAGAUGCAGACACUUCUGGAAGCAGUCCCAUGGCCAACAAUGAUAUCGAUGCUUCAGGUACUGAAGGUGGUAGUCAAGUGGGUGGUAGUGAAACCGGAAAUGGGGAUGUUUCAGGAAGCAGUCCCACAGAAAAUGGCCAUGGGGAUGACACAGCUGCGAUGUCUGAUGUCCCAGCAAGACCCACUGAUGGGUUUUCUUCGCCCAUGGAUGACAACACUGUGGGGAAUGCACCGGCUUCUUCUGUUCUGGCGCCUAACGAGGGCAUCAGCGGCAUGGGACAAAGUCCAUCUGGAUCAGAAGGCAAUUCUCCAGAUGGGAUUCAGUCGUCUCCUCAAGUGCCCUCGAGUCAAGCAGGAGCCCCAGGUGGUCAAGGUGAAAUGGGACUUUCUGGCACAAGUGGGCUCGGACCCCCAGCCAUUACAGGCUUAGGGGACAAUUCUCCAGUUGCGACUGCUAGUCAUCUACAUGCCCCAAAUGCUCCUGCUUCUCAUCCACAAGACGAGGCCACCAAUGCAAUGCCUGUUAAUCCAGGGGAGAUGUUGACUCAACUGAGCCCAGUGGGCACUGGCCCCUCUGGUUCAAGUGAAUCAAAAUCAUCUGGCACCAGUGGACUUGACAACGCUGCCGCUAUGAUUGUAACGCAACCGGCCAAUGGACCAUUGAAUUCACCCCCUUCCAAUCCCACGGUUUCAAGUGCUAAUGCCGGAGAGGUCCCAGCACCAAGUCUUCUGUCAAUGCCCACAAAAAUCAUCCAAUCAAGUGGUAUCUCUGCAUUACCACCAUCACCAAGCCAAAUCUACAGAGGAACUCUUUCUCCAGAGUCUUCUACAUCGCUUAUGUCUUUUUCAAGUAAUACUGGUUACAUUCCUGCAGCACCCCAAGCGUCCAACCCUUUGUUCGUCCCAGUACCGUUGGCCAGUGUGACUUUAUCACCAGCUUCUUCUGCAAGCCUGAAUGCCUUUUCUAAUGAAGUUGCUAAGGAACCAACGAGACCACCUGUUCAGACUUUUCCCACCUCAAAAGAGCCCACACUCUCACCCACCUCCCAACCUACAAAAACCCCAACACCACAACCAACAUUCCAGCCAACUGAUGAGCCCACACUGCAACCAACUGAUGAGCCCACAACUGAGCCCACAACUGAGCCCACAAUCCAGCCAACAAUUGAGCUGACACAGGAAACUACUGUGCCAAAUACAAUCUCACCAACCACAGCUCCUUCCAUUGACACACUUCUAUCACCCAGUGCCAUCCCAAACACACUAAUCCCAACUGUGACGCCUGGAAGUCCCUCUGUCACUCCCACUACUGGAAUCCCAACAGUUACUCCCGGAAGUCCUUCAAUCUCCCCUACCACUGAAUCUCCCACUAGUUCCUGUGCUGAAGCUCUCCAACUUGUUGCCCCAGUGAGACCAAUCACCAGGCGACAGCUGCAGUCAUCUGAUUCGUCUGUUGUAGCAUUUUCUGCACAGACGACACAAAUUUCAAGUGAGAGUCUUUUUACAACUUUGGUUGAAAUAAACAAAUUCAUUGAGGGGUUCAACAAGGACUUGCAAGGGAAUUUGGCUGUUGCCACUGGAGUUAGUGAUGCGGAGAUUUCUACUCCCAUACCAACAGUCACACCUGGUUCUCUGAGCGUCACUCCCACUAAGCCACCAACAGAACCACCAACGGCAUCUCCCACCGGUGUGUCAACGGGGUCCCCCACUCCCACACCAACAGUCACACCUGGUUCUCCCAGCGUCACUCCCACAAAGCCACAAACAGAACCACCAACAGCAUCUCCCACCGGUGUGCCAACGUACUCCCCCACUACCACACCAACAGUCACCCCUGGUUCUCCGAGUGUCACCCCCACCACUAAGCCACGAACAGAACCACCAACAGCAUCUCCCAUCGGUGUGCCAACGGGGUCCCCCACUACCAUACCAACAGUCACCCCUGGUUCUCCCAGCGUCACUCCCACCACUAAGCCACGAACAGAACCACCAACAGCAUCUCCCACCGGUGUGCCAACGGGAUCCCCCACUCCCAUACCAACAGUCACCCCUGGUUCUCCCAGCGUCACCCCCACCAAGCCACCAACAGAACCACCAACAAUGAUUCCAUCCAAUCAACCAUCAGUAUCUCCCAGCCAUACCUGCAAUGAUCCAUAUGUCAGUGUUGAAAGCAAUUACUAUGUGUCAUUCUCCGGCGAUGUCACAACGUUAACUGAUGAAGAGUUGGCGUCUGCGUUUUCAUCUGGACAAGGCAAUUGUCUGUUGGAAGUCUUUUUGCUACACCUACUGCUUCAACUUCAUUCAUCACUGGUUUCAAUGUGGGGAUGCAAGGUAACGCAGCUGUUGCAACAGCAGUGA